AUGUACUCGGGCAACGUGACGCGUAUCUACAAUCUAGAGCCAGACCCGCUCGAACAUGGUCCACCAAAACGAGUCGUUCGUGAGGAGCAGCACAUUGGUGAGAUCGUAGCGGCUACAAAGAAACGGGUAUCGUGGCGCUUCACUCUGGGCGACUCGGACCGCACACAUGAAGUCGUGCUGGUCCACUCGAUUAUGAGUUAUAAAAAGUUGGUGCAGUUUAACGGCCGCCAGAUACAUUUCUCCACGACGGCAAGAUUGGGAGACUGGAAUUGUACUAUGAUUCUUGAUGAACUUAAUCUGGUUAUGGAAGUACGCAUUAACGAUAUGGAGUCCGCUGAAGUUCCAAAAUAUGAUUUUGUUAUCGACAAGGUUCCAUUCCGUCGUUGGGAUGUGUUUCGUCGCAAGAAAUACACUAAUACGACAGCUACUUGUGCUCAAUUGAAUGUUUCUUCUGGAAAUGCCUAUGGAACGCACCGUUGGGGGCCUAGUGGUCCUACACCUUCGUCUGAGUCUCAGCUGCAACGUGGCUCAUUUGCAGGUUGUCUGGAGCCGGUUUCUGGUAGCACACGAGGCUCUUUCACGGGCGGUUCUUCUACGACAGAUCAUACGCAGAGCUUUGGACUUCAAAGUGCUCGGUUUAGAACGUCUUUGGAGCAAAGUGAUGGACACGUCCGUAGCUUUUUUGGACAGCAAAAUGAACAACUUGGUUCCAGCGGUGUACAGCAAUAUGGUGGAAAACGAUCGUCAUUGCAAGACCAGCAGCAAUUACAUCCGGCUACAACUGCUCCAAAGCCCAAGAAACAGCCCGAAAUUAACCUGAUUGACGACUUUGGCCCCACUAUAAGUGUGUCGGCGCAGUCUUUGAUCUUUGAUCCUCUUGCAAGUGCAAAGAUAUUAUCAACAGGAGAUACAGCAGCUACAAACGUGCCUCAGCAGGAACAACCGAAACAAGAUCAGCACCAAUACCAAGUGCCUCCAAUUGGUGCCGUCUCCCAGCCAGCGACUUAUGCUGACCCCUUCGCUUCCGUUGCGACGCCUGUUAUGGCUAAACCUGCUGGACACAUCAAUUUGGACCCUUUUGCGAAUCCGAAUGCUAGCAAAACCUACCAGCAAAUCCAACAACCAACUCGUCAAAUGCCUAGAUAUCAGCAGCCGAUGAUGGGGAUGCCAAGCGGUGCAGCAAUGAGAGGGAUUGCAUUACAGCAACAGUCUGAGGUACAAAGUUCUGUUACGGGGCAGCAGCCUGCGUUCAGUGGUAUGAGCAAUGUCAAUUACAGCAUCUCACAGCUCAUGGAUCCAGCAAGUCUCAUGGACCGCGCGAGUCUCCAAAAAGACCAGAAUCAACAGGGCAAGUCCAUCAACAUUGACGCAUUUGCUGGAUUAGGCCACUAG